UAUACACUGAGAAGCUUAGCUCUCUGGGCUUUUCGUUUUCUUAAUUGUAGUUUUUUUUUAUCAGUGUCGCCGCCGCCGCUGCUGAAAUUAUUUAUUUUAAGAUCAAAGAAACUCUUCAAUGGCGACUACCUCCGAGGCUUGGGCUGUCAAGUCUCUGAAUAAAUCAUCUGGUUCUAGGUGUUUUGUGUUCAAGAGUUUCUCUCAGCGAUUGGAAGAAAUUGAUAUCAAUGUCUUUCGAAGUAUCAACCCGUUAAAACCUGAGCCGUCUGAGGGGUCUUCUUUUUUUCGAGACUGCCUGGUAGAAUGGCGGGAAUUGAAUACUGCAGAGGACUUCAUUUCAUUUUACGAAGAAAUGAUGCCAUGGGUACAAACAUUGCCGCAAGUUUUACAAAAAAGGGAAAAAAUAAUUACAAAACUUCUUCCCAGAUUGCAGAUAAAAGCAAGAUUGUCACUUGAACCUAUACUCAGGUUGAUUGCAGCCUUGUCCAGAGAUCUCCUGAAGGACUUCUGCCCCUUUCUGCCGAGGAUUACUGAAGCUUUAGUGAAUCUGCUCAAAACUGGUGCUGAAAAGGAACCAGAUAUACUUGAGCAGAUUUUUACGUCUUGGUCGUGUCUCAUGAUGUACUUGCAGAAGUAUCUUGUUCGGGAUGUUGUCCAUGUCCUGGAGAUUACAGCUCAUAUAAGAUAUUACCCCAAGGUUUAUGUCCAAGAGUUUAUGGCUGAGGCUGUUUCUUUUUUGUUGAGGAAUGCACCUGAAGAGCAACUUAAGCAAGGCAAUACAAAAGCAGAAUAUUCUAAUGUGGUAUAUGGAGUUGGCAUAUUCAGCUACUUUCAGAUCGUAUGA